AUGACGGCAACACAAAGUCCGGCAAGCAUUGUUCAAAAUGUCAACAUGGAGAACGAGCUAGGAAUAAUGCAGAAACCACCAAAGCUUAUGAACUUGGAUGAGUAUGUCGGAUGGUUGGGUCGUUUCAAGAAUUGGGUCCAAGCCAACCAUUUUGAGUGUUGGAUGAAGAUAGAGAAAAUAUAUGUUCCACCUGUUGAUGGAAUGGGCUUAGAGAAAGGCAUUGGAAGUUUGACUGAAACCGAACAGAAUGAUUUUAAGGCGGAGAAGAAGAUGGUCAGUAUUCUUCAACAGGCCGUAAAAGAAGAUAUUCUUGUGCUGUUACAACAUGAUGACAACUCGCAAUCGAUGUGGCAAGCAUUAAAAUUGAAGUUCCAAGGCAGCGUCUCUAUGAUCAAAAGCAAGAAAGCCCUGAUCAAGAAAGAGUUCGACAUCUUUACCGGGAUGAAGGGUGAAACAACGAAGCAGUUGAUUGAACGUUAUUGCCAUCUUGUGGUAGAGAUGAAAAGAUUGGAGAUUACAAAGACAAACGAGGAAUGGAUCGACAAGUUGUCCGACGCAUUACCUUAUGAUGAAUGGGGGACAUACUUGAUGAUGUUGAAAAACAACUCGGAUUUCGUGAAUUUGAAUCUCAGUUCAUUUAUCGAAAAGAUAGAGGCUCAUGAGUUGGAGUUGUUGAAAAUAAAGAAGAUGAAUUCAGCAAAUGUGCAGCAAGACGUAUCUCUUUACUACAAAGGAAGCACUCCUGUUGCAACAAAUCAAAGUCCAAAGAUACAAACAGGUUUUAGUGCUGAUACAAAUUCAAGUGCUUCUAGAAACACUACACAAUCAAACAAGCCCUCACCGUUUGUGAACUAUGAUCCAAACUUCAAAGCUCAAGAGCAGCCUUCACCUCAAAGCUCUACAAGUUCCAACAAUCAGGCUUACGUUUCUGGGGUGCAAUGCAACAUCGCAGUGAAUAUUAAGAAUGGAAAUGAAAUUACUGAAACAGCCGUGAAACAACACAUUGCUUUACUGGCUUCCGUUUUAGAGGCGUGUGAAGGUUUAGUGGCGGGAAGGAUCGGCAGAAACAGUCUCUCAGGUCCUGAUCAGAAGCUAGGGUUCGACAAAUCAAAGGCGAUCUAUCAUCGACCUAACCAACAACCUGCUGUUCAGAGGCCGCAAAUCGAAAACAAACCGGAGAAGGCUCUUAUCGUGAAUCAAGAUGAUGAAAGAGUAGCUGAAGGUUUCACUUGGGAUAAAUACAUCCCUGGAAGCGAUGGGCAGGCCAUGAUGGCAGAAAUUGUUGAAGUACCAGAGAUGGUGACUGAGCCAGAAAUGGUUAUUGAGGAUGUUUCUGUUGAGAAUGUGGUUGAUAUUGAAGAAAUCGUUGCAGAAGUUUACUAUUACCAGUCAGAACAGGAGGUAUUGGCAAGUUCUAUGAAAUCAAUAAUGCCUCCUAAAGUGUUUGAAUCUUUUGCAGGUUAUCUCGAAGAACCGACAACUGGAUCGUGUCCAAGAUACGAAGAAAAGAAAGAAGUUGUCGAGGAAAUGAUAGACGUGACAAAAGAGUUGACUGGAGAGACAUUGAAAGAUAUCGCUGACAAAGCUCUCAUGGGAAAGCUAAAAGAGGUAGACACAGAACUCGAGAAGUUAGAGUCUGUCAGUACCGUGUCAGUCAAACAGGAGUCUGAUCAGAAAUAUGGAGUUCAGGAGGUCAAAGUGUCUGAGUCUGAGUUGAAAAAUGUCGGUAAACAAGAUGUGAAGAUUGUUUGUGAUGAACAGGUGUUAGAUGAAGAGAGUGAUAACUCUGAGAAGUCUCAAUCUGAGAAAGCUGUUAGUGAGUCUGAAGAUGAGGAAAAACUUUACUCCGAUUUCGAGUAUCCUCUUCAGAACGUGAAGAUUAAGAAUGUUGAGAAAGUUUUCAACUCGGGAAAGAAAGAGUGGGAAGGUAAGGGUAAUAACAAGAAAAACAAUUUUAAAAACAAAGGGAUCGGUUUCGAGAAGAAGACGGCUAAGCAGGUGGUUAAGCCAAAAGAGAAAAUGAAUGAUAUCUUUGUUGCUGGACCGAGUGUAGAUGAUGAAAAGGACUACAUCUUUAGUCAAAAAGCCGUGGAUGAUUUCAAUACAGCGAAAAAGUUGAAAGAGGAGACAGUCAAAUCAACUUUUGUUAAAUAUCACAAAAGAGGGCUGCCCAGGUCUAUUCUUUCGAAGUGGAUCAUGGACAGUGGUGCAUCAAGACACAUGACAGGGACGCUAGCUCUUCUUUACGACGUCAAAUCGAUAAAUGGAAGUUAUGUGGGCUUCGCUGGAAAUCAAGGCGACAGAAUUGUUGGACAGGGAACAUUGACGAAUGGUGUCAUCUCGUUCGAGAAAGUGAACUAUAUCGUAGAGUUGGAAAACAAUUUACUUAGCAUUUCGCAAAUAUGUGAUAAAUCUUUCAGUAUCGAGCCCAGGACUUAUAAAGAGGCGUUGACUGAAGACAGUUGGGUUAAUGCUAUGCAAGAAGAGCUGUUACAAUUUGAAAAGGGUUCAAGUGUAAUUUUUAAUCCACUUCACAACAGCUGUUGUGACUUGGAUGUGAAGAAAAAUACUGAAUUGGCUAAGUUUAGCAGUAUUCUGGAGUUCAUGGGUCGAAUACCAAUUCAAAAGGCCUUGACUGGUCAAUGUCCAUUGUACAAGUCACAUAUCAAACGAUUCUGGAAGCAUUCAAAGUAUGAUGAGGCAAACAAAGCAAUUCAUUCAAUUGUGAAGGUGCAUAAUGAAAAGAAGGAAAUUGUUGUUACUUAG